UUCAAAUCAUACUUUCAGAGAAAAUGGGUGAGAAUGCUAGCGAUAUAAAAAUAAAAGAGGAAGGGUGCAUAAAGGAAGAAAUCUGUCCAGAAUCAGCUGUAGAAGAACAAUCUCUAGUUUAUGUACAGGAAGGAGAAUUAAAGGUUGAACUCUUGGAGAUUAAAGAUCAAGAGAUUACUUUUGCAGAGGAUUUUCCGCAUUUUCCACUUCACCAACAGAAUCCACCGAAAAAACUUAAACAUGAAGGAGCUUGUUUUUCAUGUUCUAAAUGUGAAUACUCAGCAACCACAGUGAGAACUUUAAAACGGCAUAUUCAGAGCAAACACGAAGGAAUAAGAUAUCCAUGUAGUAAUUGUGAAUUCGCGGCAACAACAUUGAAUAAUCUAAAGAAGCACAAUCAGAUAAAACAUGCCGGAGUGAGAUAUCCCUGUGGUCAAUGUGAAUUCACCACGACCUCGCCAUGGAGUGUAAGAAGACACAUUGAAAUCAAACAUAUUAAAUUGAGGUAUCCUUGUGAUCGAUGUGGACAUUCUUCAACAACAGCCAAUGAUCUAAAGCUACACAAGAAAUGCAAACAUCGAGAGCUUAUCUACCCAAAGUCUUGAUAGUGAUGUUUGGAUCAUAAAUUUUAAAGAAAACCUCAGAUUUAUUUUUGUAAGAAUUAACCUUUUUUAAGCUGGUCCUAAAGAGAUCAAGCGAAAAGUGCCUUUUUCCAUACUUUAUCAAAUAGAUUUGUGAUAUUUCUGCUUUUUAACUGACUUCAAUAUCCGUCCUAGUCUGAUUUGAUAUCGGAACUUUUGUGUUAGUCUUGAUCACGUUUAAUCGCGAUAUACAACGUGGUCACUUUUAAAAUUGAGGAUCAAUGCUUUUUCCCUCGACUAAAGUUUCUUUGCAGGCAGUGCUUAUGAUACGGAUACGUUGAAUCCGCAACAUUUAGGCUUACUGGGACUGGAACUGAAAAAAAUAUGCGAAUCCGUACCUAGGGGAGCAAAAUAUCAACCAAAAACAGUAUAAAAACGUUUUGCUCUCUAAACCCUAUUAAAUAUUGUAACUGUAAAGGUAGAUUAUUAAAAAUGUCUCGAUUUCUGAAUAGUUCAUCUAGUUUUAGAAAAAAAAAAUUAAAUAGAAAAUU